GGCGCCGGACGGUGGUGGCUGGGGGUCCGGAGGGGAGGCGGCGCGGCGGAUGACAGCAUUAUCCCGCGACGCCGUCCUAGCCGGGAGUUGCUGGCAGCGGCCGCAGCAGUAGCGGCGGAGGAGGCAGUCCGGGCAGCUGUCUCUUCGGCUGCCCAGGAGGGAGGGAGCUAGUGGCAGCUGGAGGGAGGGAAGGAGGGAGGGAGCUCGAGCCGGGCGCGGAGCGGGCCGAGACUAGGCUGAGCGCCGCCGCCACCUCCUCCUCCUUCUUUUCCUCCUCCGGGCCGCGCCCCUGCGCGGGCUGGCUCCCUGAGUCGCUGCCUCGGUCCCAGGCUGCCAAGGGAAGUUGGGUGCCCCUGGCUUCGGCCCCCCACCGACUUGCGCAGCCCUCCUCCCCGGGAGCCCCGCGCCGGGAUAUGGUUUUGCCCCAGAAGACUGCUUUAGCUGCAUCUCAGAAAUUUUGAGAGAAAAUUCUUCCUCUGAGGACUGCUUUCGCUACAACCCAAGAAAUUUUGGAUUCUUAUGUUUGCAUAAUGACUAGUCUUUAAUUGAAAGAGAAGCAUAGCACAUCUUCAUUCAGUAUGGAAACCGUUUUGACAGAAGGCGGGGAUCUUGAACGAAAUUUGGUUUGAUCAGAACAAGGCCUUUGAAGUAAUGUCAUGCUUUCUUAGGAGCACAUCAGAGUAAGACAGGUCUAGGGUCCUGACACUGAUACUACAGUGCUUUACCAGAUAUUUUGCAUGUUGGUGAUGCCAAAGAUGUCCAUGGGCCAUCAACUUUGGUAACAAACAAUGAUGAUUCACACCUUCUGACCUCAGCAAAGAUGAAUCAGCGACAGGGAAAAGAAGCCUACCUAACUCCAACCAAAGAUUUGCUUCAGCCAUCACUGAGUCCAGGAAGUGCUCACAGUCAGGGUUUUGAAAGAGGAAAGGAUGAUCUAUCUCAAAAUAGAGAAGAGACAUCACAUUCUAUGUCAAAAAGCAAGUCUGAAUCCAAACUUUAUAAUGGCUCAGAGAAGGACAUUUCAUCUUCAAGCAAGCUUACCAAAAAGGAAUCCCUUAAGGUACAAAAGAAAAAUUACCGAGAAGAAAAGAAAAGAGCUACAAAAGAAUUACUCAGUACAAUCACAGAUCCUUCAGUCAUUGUUAUGGCUGAUUGGCUGAAGAUUCGUGGUACACUUAAGAGCUGGACCAAGCUUUGGUGUGUUCUGAAACCUGGAGUGUUGCUUAUUUAUAAAACCCAAAAAAAUGGUCAGUGGGUGGGAACAGUGCUUCUGAAUGCCUGUGAACUUAUUGAGCGGCCAUCUAAGAAGGAUGGCUUUUGUUUCAAACUUUUCCAUCCUUUGGAACAGUCCAUUUGGGCAGUUAAGGGCCCAAAAGGUGAAGCAGUUGGAUCUAUAACUCAGCCAUUACCUAGCAGUUACUUGAUCAUCCGAGCUACUUCAGAGUCAGAUGGCAGGUGCUGGAUGGAUGCUUUGGAACUGGCUUUGAAAUGUUCCAGUCUUCUUAAACGUACAAUGAUCAGGGAAGGGAAAGAACAUGACCUGAGCAUGUCAUCUGAAAAUUCACACGUGACGUUCUAUGGCUUACUACGUGCUAACAAUCUCCACAGUGGCGACAACUUCCAAUUAAAUGACAGUGAAAUUGAACGACAACAUUUUAAGGACCAAGAUAUGUACUCUGACAAAUCUGAUAAGGAAAAUGAUCAAGAGCAUGAUGAAUCUGACAAUGAAGGAAUUGGGAAAAGUGAAGAAAGCGAUACAGAUACAUCAGAAAGACAGGAUGACUCCUACAUUGAUCCUGAGCCCACUGAAGUUCUGAAAGAAACAACUUAUACAGAGCAGGGCCAGGAAGAACUUGGAGAGGCAGGUGAGGCUUCUCAGACGGAAACUGUAUCUGAAGAAAACAAAAGUCUUAUAUGGACAUUACUGAAACAAGUUCGUCCAGGCAUGGACUUGUCCAGGGUUGUUCUACCUACAUUUAUCUUGGAACCUCGUUCUUUUCUGGAUAAACUCUCAGAUUAUUAUUAUCAUGCAGAUUUCCUCUCAGAGGCAUCUCUUGAAGAAAAUCCAUACUUUCGCCUGAAAAAAGUAGUGAAAUGGUAUUUGUCAGGAUUCUAUAAAAAACCAAAGGGAUUAAAGAAACCAUAUAAUCCUAUACUUGGUGAGACUUUCCGCUGCCUCUGGGUUCAUCCUAGGACAAACAGCAAGACUUUUUACAUUGCUGAACAGGUGUCCCAUCACCCACCUAUUUCUGCCUUCUAUAUUAGUAACCGAAAGGAUGGGUUUUGCCUUAGUGGUAGUAUCCUGGCCAAGUCCAAGUUCUAUGGGAAUUCGCUAUCUGCCUUACUGGAAGGAGAAGCGCGCUUAACUUUUUUGAAUAGAGGUGAAGAUUAUGUGAUGACAAUGCCAUAUGCUCAUUGUAAAGGAAUUCUCUAUGGCACGAUGACUUUGGAGCUUGGGGGAACUGUCAACAUUACAUGUCAGAAGACAGGAUAUAGUGCCGUACUUGAAUUCAAAUUAAAGCCAUUUCUAGGUAGCAGUGACUGUGUUAAUCAGAUAUCAGGGAAGCUUAAACUGGGAAAAGAAGUGUUGGCUACUUUGGAAGGCCAUUGGGAUAGUGAAGUUAUUAUUCAUGAUAAAAAGACUGAUUCUUCAGAGGUUUUCUGGAAUCCAACUAGUGAAAUUAAGCAACGGAGAUUAAUAAGACACACUGUAAAAUUUGAAGAGCAGGAACCAUUUGAAUCAGAGAAGCUGUGGCAACGGGUUACUCGAGCCAUAAAUGUCAAAGACCAGACAGAAGCUACUCAAGAGAAAUAUGUUUUAGAAGAAGCUCAAAGAAAGGCUGCCAGAGAACGAAAAGGGAAAAACGAAGAAUGGAUUUGCAAGUUAUUUGAACUUGAUGCAGCCACAGGAGAAUGGCAUUAUAGAUACUCUGAUACCCGGCCAUGGGAUCCUCUAAAUGAUCUGAUACAGUUUGAAAAGGAUGGUGUCAUCCAAACAAAAGUCAGACAUCGGACACCAAUGGUAUGCCAUCAAAAUGUUAGUGUUCCAAAAAUGAAGCAUAAACCAAGCAGGCAGCCGAAGAAAGCUGGAAAAGGUUAUUCUUCUCCAGAACUUGAUAUCCAAGACUCUUCUGGAAGUGAAGCUCAAGUACUAAAACCAAGUUCAAGAAGAAAGAAGACAGUAGAUCUUGGAGACCUACAGUGUUCCAUUGACUGUAUAAAACAAACACAGGAAGAAAUUAAAAGAAGUAUCGUGGCUCUACGAAAUCAUCUUAUUUCAAGUUCAUCAGUCACCGACACUUUCCUACAACCAAGAGACUACUUCAUCAUAUUCCUGCUGAUUUUGCUACAGAUCAUAAUAAACUUCAUGUUUAAGUAGAAUUCUUAUAUAAUUGAAUCAAUGAAAUGGAAUGAUUAGACUUAGCCUGGGACCAUUUUUCAAGUUAGUUUGGACUUAUUCAAACAAUGCAAUAUUUCUAAAAGAACCUUAGAUAAAUCUAGAAGUUUUGACCUCUUAUGCCUUGUAUCCUUAAUUGGAACAAGACCUGUCCUAUCUGGUUAACGUGAAAAAUGCAUAAGUGCCAGAACAUUUUUAAUCUGUGUGCAGCUGUGCCGGUGUACAGUGCAUAUCGACACAGGUCCUGUAGGCAUUCGUUCCUGACAAUAGUCACCUAUUCUUUAGUGAUGUUCCAAUUUGUAGUCAUGCAAUGUUGUUAACAAAAAUACUGUUAAGUUUGUAAAACCAUGCACAGUGAUCAGUUUUCCUCAUAAAACAGGCACAAAACUUUUAUUAAUAAGGACUUAAAAUAUGGGGGGGGAAUAAGAGACAUAUUAUACCUAAAGAACUUGCUGCACUGUACACAGAUCACUUCCAAAGGGCCUAACUUUUAUCUUUCUCAGAAACAUAAAAAGAAAACAUGUUGAUGGGUCAAACUUUAUAUAAUAUAUGAAAAUGGCAACAUUGGAUCAAAAACCAAAUUUACGUGAAGGGUGUGUGUGUGUGUGUGCGCGCGCCUUUAGCAUAUGUUUAAUGUAAAUAACUUUUAGUAUGGACAUGUUUAUGUGCAUACAUAUAGAAAAGUCCACCUUCUGUCUAGUCAUGCUUUAUGAUGUCCCCUUGAGCACAUCCUAGAAAACAAUUUCUGUAAAUUUAUUUCUUUAAGCAAGACCCGCCAAUGUUAAUGGCCUACCACCACACUUCCACCAUUAUAAAUCAAAUUUUCAGGAAGACAAGGAAACUUAAUUUCAUCAUUAUAGUGAAUUCAAAGAAAACUGGUUUAGGUGUUAAACUACUUCUGCCAUCUGAAUUUUUUUUUUUACAUAUUCCCUAAAAUUCAAAAAUGACUACUAUUAUGAUCUUGUAUAUAGCCUGUGGCUGGUUUGUGAAAUGGAUGAAAUAAGAUAAUUCAGGUUAUUUCAUCUGUAAUUGGCUUGUUUUAGGAAUGGUUCUUAAACUUUGAUUUAUUCCUUAAACUGUUAAUGGUUAAAGAAAUCAGAAAACUACAAUUACCUUGAAAAUCUUUUACUUGAAAAACCAAAAAGAGGUAGAAAAUGAGAGAUAUGGUCUGUUAUAAUUUGUUAUAAUCACUUUUAGGAUGCAUAGCAGUGUUAUACACCUAAGAAGAAUUCUGGAACUUAAUCUUCCAUUUUCCCUUUAUAUAUUCUUAGUGAUUCCAAACCUAUAUCAUUCAUUCACACUGCUUCAGGAUCCUGUUUUGUCUAAAACUCCAUAAUAUAAAGUAAGGCAGCUUUUAUUUUUACAUGGUUUUUAUAGUUUCUAAAAGCAACUUUUGUGAAUUAUUUAAGCAUAUAAUAAGACUAUGGUACUGAAAAUACAGAUUCUGAGACUGAUGAAGGGACUCAUUCUGAUCAAGUUUGUUUGACUUUAACAAAAUAAACUACAUCUUACUGAUCUAAGUAUCCUAAGUAUAAUGCUUAGGUAAUAUGAAUCUCACAUACAUAUAAAGAUCCAGUUCUCAUACUUGUUUAUUCAACUGGAAAUAUAUAGGUAAAGAUAAAAGAAUCCCUAUAUCAAACAUUUCUCUUAGAAACCAUAAUGUUGUAACUUAUACUUUUGUACAUUCACUCCUUUUGCCAAUUUUUCCCAUCCACAAAUCUGUUGGUGUGUUAUGAAAUGCUAUUUUAGAAACAAAUAUUGGCAGUUAAAGAUUUAAAUUAGUAUUGCUAUGCAUAUAUUAUUUUACCUUUACAUUUCAGUUCCAAUUAAGAAUUGAAAAAUUGGUGAGCCUGAUGGUGGUGUGUGGUUGGUGGUCAUGUCUAUCUUAUUUUUACCCUUAUGUUUGUAUAUAAUUUUAAAAAUAUAGAUGAGCUGGAAGAAUGUCCCUACUCACUCUAAAAGGUGGUGUUUUGCUUCAUUUGUUCCUUAACUCCCAUUUCUAUGACAGAUCUGAUAUAGAUUCAAUUCCUAACUAAGGAGAUAAAGAAUAUUUCAUGAAAUUUACAAAAGUGAAAAUAACCAUGAGAUUUUUCAUGAUUGUUUUGUUACAUGCUUAAAAGCACAUAUCUAAUCCAAUAUUUCCUAAUGUUUUUAGUGACAUGAAGUUCCUUUCUGUGAGCUUGAACAUGACACUCAGGAACGGUGGCUUAGUGUUAGACCAAUGCUGGUAAUAGGCUUGGUAUAAGAAUCCUUUUAAACACAUAAUUAACUUUGUAUUUAGCCAUAACAUGUCGUUGACCUUGAAUGUCCUUUACUUGAGAGUAACCCUUUUCUCUUCUACACAUUGAUUCAUAAAGAACUGUGAUUGUAUAGUUUGCAGUUGUCUGAGGCUGGUGUCUCCCAGGUUCAAGGAUUAAACUCCUUAAGGACCCGUCUUUUCAUUUCAUUACUCUCUUUUCUGCAUAGAAAUUUAGAGAUGUUUUUAUUUUUAAAUGUUAAUGUUUAAUUUUCUAUUUAGUGAGAUGCAUUUGGCCUAUCAAAAGAGACUAAAUGAGUCAUGUGAAAUGUUUAGUUAUAGCAAUAGAUAAUUUUUCUUAUAUUUCACAUGUCGCUACUUCUUGAUGCACUUAUAAAGGUACAGUAUAGUCUUAUUCACAUUAGCACAAAUAGCCAUCUGCAUUCCAUUGAAUUUUUUGCCUUGUAAAAUAUAGCACUCGUUUAAUAUUUAUGCUUUUGUGCCUCUAGGAAAUCUUUUUGCCAGUUGUAUUACUGAGACAAAAUCUGAAUUCAGAGUAUUUGUUAACAAAUCAGUAGACUUUUUUUUUCUUAAAAGGGUCACUGUCACUUUAUUUUCUUUUAUAAACAUUUAAACAGUAAAGCUGUACUUUUAUAAGGGUUUGUCUAAUUACUGUAAGUAUAGCCUCCACUCUACAAACAUCACAGAAAUAGAUUUGUCAGAUUAUUUCUGAGUAUUGUAAACAGUGCCUUUUUGAUGAAUUCACACUGUUUGGAGAUGUAUAAAGAAAUUGUCAAUUUGUGCCAUAUAUACAUUAAAAAGAAAACCAACUUUUGUGGGAGGCAGUUACUUUUAACUUUUUGAAAACUAUUUCACUCAGUCAAAUAUCUAAGGAAACAAAUGUAAACAAUUCCAUUUUUUUCUAGUUUUUAGUAUUUCUAAUGAGUGGUAAACAUCUGUGCUGUUUGUUUUCUAUACAGUGAAGGUAUAAUGCAUUGUGGCAUUAUUGAAGAGCCAUAAAUUACAUCAUAGAUGACUUUUAAUUCAUUGUUAGAUAUGCAAAAAAUUAAACUUAAUAUUUAAACCUAAAUUGACAUUUUAAACCAUCUUGAAAAAAACAUAAAAACUAAUACGUUUACAUUUCAAUUUUUAUUUAACUGGGAAAAUGAUUCUUUAAAAUGCAUAGCCUGCCACUAAUAUGUAAUUUUAUUUCAUUUUAUUCUAGAUAGAGAAUGUCUUGUUGGCAUUAAAAUUUUCUCUUUUGUUACUUUUAACACAUUGCUUGUUUUUGUACUGUUACAUUUUAAAAUUGAAAAUGGACUGUUAAAAGUUGUAUAGGACCAGUGUCUCAUUAAUUUGAUAAAUAUAUAUAUAUAUACACACACACACCCAUAUAUAAAUAUAUGGGAGGGGUGCAUAUAUAGAGAAAGGAGCCACAAAGAAACCCAUGACAAAAUGAAUGUGAAUGUUCUUCCUAAAAUAUUUAUUUAGAAAAAUUAUUUCAUGUUUCUGCGUCUAUCAUGUAAAAUUAUUUUAGUGUCACAUUAUUGAGAAAGUUAUUUAAAGAAAAACGUAAUGUAACAUUCAAGAUAAUGAGCCACAAAAAUUCAGUUGGAGUUUUCACUGUACAGCAUGCUAAGUGUAAACCCAAGUUAAACAUCUUGUUAAUGGCCAUUUGUAAAUUAAAGCACUACCACUGGUCAAUAGUUUUGUAUGAUUAAUAGAAUAAAGAGAUGUUAUCUGCA